UCACACCCAGUCACCCAGUAGCGAUCUCUCCGCAGUGUGGAAAUAGUUGGUAGAGCGCACGCAGUCCAAUCCACAAAACACCUAUUUAGCUAAGGGAGAAAUAUACAUUUGUGAGUUUCUUGUCAGCAUCGCUUGGACAGGAUUUGUAUUGUUUUUAACAGGCUCCGAAAGACGCGCAGUCAGUGAAGGACGUUUGAAAACUCACUUCUGAUUAGUUCACGAUUAAGUUCAAACCGGGAAAAGACACGGAUAGAGGUUGUUUUUAUCAACGACAUAAGAUUAAUUUAAAAUCAGAGCACAGACAGCAUGGCGAGAGAAGACGCUCGAAAUUGGCAUGACUUCGCAAAAAUGAUCGGACUGUUCAGCGUGGUCACGUUGCUGACUUUUCAAGGGACUGUGUCUCAGCAGGUGAAGGUGGAACCGGAAGUGAUGUCCUACCCCAGCCAGGCGGUCAACCUGAGGUGUGCCUUCGCAGAUGCUGGAGGGAUACAGCUCACACAGGUGUCCUGGAUCUAUGAGCCGAAGGAGGGCGAGCGGCUCAACAUCGCCGUGUACCACCCUAACUUUGGGGCAAGUUACCCCACAUCGCCCCUGAAGGGGCGGGUCCGCUUCACGACGGUACCCCCCUCCCUCAACAACCCCUCCAUCCAGAUCUCAGACGUCAAGAUGACUGACGAGGGGAAAUACAUCUGUGAAUACGCCACCUACCCCAGCGGCAAUGAACAGGGUGUCACCUCCCUCGUCAUGCUAGCCAAACCCAGGAACGCUGCCUCCGGGGUAACAGUGAUAGCCUCCACUGUCACCGCGGGAGCCCAGCCAGUUGUCGUGGCCCGCUGUGAGUCGACCGACGGUCGCCCUGCUGCCCAGAUCGCAUGGGUGACGGCUGUCAACGGCAAUGCUACCUCCGCCUCUACGGCGGGCGCUGACAACACCGUGACGAUAACUAGCCAGUACAUGCUGGUUCCCACAGCAGCAGACAACGGCAAAGACAUCAGCUGUUUGGUGUCCCAUAGGACCCAGGCCAAGCCUGAGAGCUUCCUGAUGAAACUGGCCGUCGAGUACCCCCCACAGGUGACCAUCGUGGGCUAUGAUAAUAACUGGUACGUGGGUCGGACCAACGUGGCUCUGACCUGUCAGGCUACUGCCAACCCCAUCCCUACCACCAUCACAUGGAAAACUAUGUCCGGUCAGAUGCCAGACACAGUGCAGGUAAAAGAAAACGUUCUGACCGUGCUGAAGGUGGACGAGCAGGCCAACACAACCUUCGUCUGCGAGGUCAACAACCGCCUGGGCACCGGCAAGGACCAGGUCACUGUUAUGGUCAGAGAACCCUCUGUGGUCCCCUCCAACACGGCUGUGGUGGCAGGUGCUGUAAUUGGCUCCCUUCUGGCCCUCCUCCUCGUCGCCGCCCUUAUUGCCGUCCUGGUCACCCGGAGCCGCCGGCAACAGCAGGGUUACCGUGGCAACCCAAACCACAGCUCCUACGACAUAAAGUCGCGUCUCUUCGGCGCCGGCAAGAAGGGGAGCAAGAACGGGACUGGUGCUGGCGCCGGGGGCAACGGGGCGGGCGGCAACAACAACAGCCCCAUCUACGUCUACAAGGAGGGCUCCGCCCAUGAUGGCCUGUCUGGCAAGGCCAAUCAACACGUGCCACUGCAUCUGGGGGGGCGUGGUGAGGGGGGGGUUGCCACGGCGCCCACAGCACAGGACAUCCUGCUGAGUGGCGAGCUGGACGAGGCAGAGCGAAGGAAGUUUGACCAGCUGGAGGACGACGAGGAGAGUUACGACCACUUUGGAGGGGGUGGGCCCAUCCUGCAGCUCCGCCCACCACAUGACCAGGACGGAAUCAUGAGCGGUUACCUUGACGACGACAUGGAGUCUCAGCGCGACGGGUCGGUCAUCUCACGGACAGCCGUGUACGUGUAGAGAGAACGGGCAGAGGAAGAGGAGGAGGAGGAAGGAAAGCGGGAUGGAAGAAUGAAAAUGUCCUCCUUCUAAAGGAGUUGGUGGUGUUGGGUACUCCUCUGUUGGAUCAUUUGAAAUAUAUUAACAACGACCACAAAUGCAGCCCAUAGAGAGAGCAAGAUGAAGUGGCUGAGGGAGGGAAUGUACAAAAACAAGAUGAACUGAGUGGUGGCUGAGGGAGGGAAUGUACAGAAACAAGAUGAACUGAGUGAAGUGGCUGAGGGAGGGAAUGUACAGAAACAAGAUGAACUGAAUGAAGUGGCUGAGGGAGGGAAUGUACAGAAACAAGAUGAACUGAAGUGGCUGAGGGAGGGAAUGUACAGAAACAAGAUGGAGGACUGGUGCAUUGAUAAAACAAGUAUUUUUCUCUGGUCCCAAUAUGAAAAGUGGAUCACUUGAUGUCUAUCUACCAAAACAAUGAAAGAAAUCCUGAAACUAUCUUUUUCACAUCGCUGCUCUGUUGUCUGUUGUGUUCCUCAUUUAUUUAGUUUAGGGACCUUGGAGAUUGAAGCCUCCAGAGAGACACAUUGUAGUAGGUACUUGUGGGUAAAAUGGCAUCUCCGUGCAGCCGUUCCCUCGCUAGCUAGAGAAACUCCUCACUAAAAUAUUCACUCUUAUCUCCACUAAAUGCACAGUAGCAAUGUAAGGGGUGUCACGAUGGUAUCUGCUCCCUGCUAUUCUCGUCUCUCUCCUGUGAGACAACGUUUGUUCCGGCUACAGUAGCCUUGUUUCUGCUGUAUGUGACAGUACUGGGGGAGGGAACGGGAAGUUUGGCAGGGGAAGUGGUCGAUGUAGUUGUCGUUAAGUAAAAUGUCAAACUCUCUUGUGUCUGUAUGUUGCAGUAGUCCUCCUCUUUCUACCUCAUUUUCUCUCAGCUAUUGUGCCAUCAACUGGAAGUAUGUGCAGAAUUUAGUUUGGGACAUUCUGAAAUGAUAAACAACUUACUGAAGGAGGGGUAGUCAUCUAGAUGAAGAGUGCAUGAAAGGGGGAUUGAUAGAGGGAUAGGAGGGAGGGAAUGGAUAGAGGGAACGGUACAGCUGUUCUCAUCUCCGGAGAGACGGGGAGAGAGGGAUUAGGAUGAAUUGAGAGAGGGAGAAAAAGAAAAGGCUCAAACAGCAGGGCUGUUCUCCCUCUCCUCUGUUUGAUCCCUCUCUUCUUGUGGUGUUCCUGACACGAAGAGUUUGAUUGCUAAUGAGCCGUGAAGUCACUGCUCAUCUUAGCCCACACACACCAAAUUACCGCCGCUUAGAUGGUAUGACGUGGACAUUUUCUCUCCCUCCUCGCUCUCCUCCGUUCUCCCUCUCCUCCGUUCUCCCUCCUUACCCUGUCUCUUACCUCUGUCUUUCUCCAUCAUCUCUCUCCUUGUCUCCCUCAGUCUCUCCUCCCCCAGUCUUUCUCCAUCACCUCUCUCUACCCUGUGUGUGUGUGUGUGAUUUACACAGGGCUGUGUGGAGGUCAAGGACACAGGGAGAGCAGAGGGACUAUUGCAUGGCUCCCUCCCUACGUGUCAAACACCCCACUUACUGUACUGUAUCCCCUUCCUCCUGCCAGACCUGACUCAGACAGCCAUGGCCCUGCUCACUGUACAUCUCGGCUUUUCCUAUUAUCCCAUUGUAUAUGUUGCUCUGUCAAUCUAUACAAUCACAAGGUAUAUAGAAAUCCAAAUAUAUGAUGGCAUAUUUGCAUCUGUAGCCAAUUAAGAUAUAAAUUAAGUCAAAUGAAUUGAUUGAUUCUGUGCAUACACAGGGGGUGUAUGACCUAUUAUAGGACCUAUAUUGACUAGCAGAGGUCUGGGUAUAAUCCUUCAUGAUUCAGACAGACUGGAGUCUGAUAGUUUAGUGACUAAUUUGUCUUUCUAACAAGACAGUCGAGGGCUGUUCAAGCCAAUAUCACCAUGUACAACUAUUAUACAUCACUAGAGGCAAACAGAUGACCACUGGAAGGCUAUGACCAGCUUUCUUCCUGAAGAGCCUUAGUUUCCUACCCUCAAUACCCCAGAUCUGAAUCCGCCCCUUAACAACUCCUAGCUCAUGACUCCCCUGUGAUUCAUCGUGUUUCCUGGUUAAUCAGUGGGGUUUCCUUGGCCGCCCUCACCAGGUGAGGCACCUGAUUGGCCCGUUAAGCCUGGGUCUGUUUCUGGGUCACAGCCAGCCAGAGGUCAUGGGGUCAAACGAUGUGCGUUUUACCGCUGAGGACGUGGAGGGUGCCUGUGGGACGCACCUCUAAUAGGGCCCUUUAACUUUAACCCAUAGGGUUCACAGAGAAACACACAUAUUACACACACUCUGGUGAGAGCGACGUGUAGUAGUGUUCCAGGAUGACGUUAACUCUUGUGGUGGAGGUUGACCUUGGUGUGGGGGACAGAAAGGAACGGAGAGGGGGGAGACAGAGAGGAAGGGAUAGAUACUGACCCACUGUGCGACUCGCCUAACCAUCAGCACUUGAUAACACGAUAGCCUAAGUCUGUCAAUAGCAUUAUGGCCUCAGUAUAGGCCAAAACUCUGACUUACAUACACAUUAUAGAUAUAGUACACUUGCCUAGAGCAGGGUUCUACAGUGCAACCAUUUUACUCACAUAUGCGCCUAAAUAUUUUGCUGUGCGACAUUUCGUUUUUAUUUAGGAGCCCCAGUGUGCUGAGAACAGUUUUUAAUUCUAGCUUUAUUACCUCAAAUAUUUUUCACUGUGUUCCUAAAUUUCUUUGUGUGCACCUACAUUUUUCAACUUAGCCACACGUGCUCCUAAACAAGGUCGGCGUAAAGGCCUGUAGUGAACUACUUAUCAUGACCACUAACAAACACGUAUCUCCCAUCUUUGCACUUGUGUGUAACACCAAAACAGGAUAUGCCCACUAGUUAUAUUUGUAUGAAGGUGAUAAAGUGUGUCUUUGGAGAAAUAUUGAUAAUGUCCUUCUGUUUGUAAUGUGAAGAGGGAGGGAGGGAGGGAGGGAAGGGAGAAAGUUGUAUGUAUUUUUUGGUGUGAGGUAUCUGUAUAGUAUAUAUGUAUGGAUCUUUAUUUUUCUUGUCGAACUCCUGUGGAAAAAAUGUGGAUAUUUAUACGUGUAAAUAACUUCUGUAUAGAGUCGGUGUUGUCGUGUGGAACUCACUUCCUGGUUUGGCCAUGGUCAAAGUUCCAUCGGAGCCAAUAAUACUGUACUCAGAAUGUAACUGCUUGAAUAGACAACCCUCAAUGAAAAGGUGUAGGAUGUAUAUGAUGCACAUCUUCAGCUAUUAAAUACUGGUGAAUCUAGUUCAUCUCAAGAACAAUAGUUGAUACUUGUAAACUUAUGAGUUUUUCAGUAGGCUGAUGACUGAAAUAACUGGAUUGGCAGGUUCACUAAACUCAAUCAGCAUACUUAAGAUACCUGCCCCUUCACCCAUAAACACACUCACUAUUUAUCAGAUAGACUAGCUCCCACAGAGUCAGUGCUGUGUGUGGUUUCUGAGUCAGUGCUGUGUGUGGUUUCUGAGUCAGCGCUCUGUGUGUGGUUUCUGAGUCAGGGCUGUGUGUGUGGUUUCUGAGUCAGGGCUGUGUGUGUGGUUUCUGAGUCAGCGCUCUGUGUGUGGUUUCUGAGUCAGCGCUCUGUGUGUGGUUUCUGAGUCAGCGCUCUGUGUGUGGUUUCUGAGUCAGCGCUCUGUGUGUGGUUUCUGAGUCAGCGCUGUGUGUGUGGCUCAGGGGCUUUGGGACAUCUGUCAGUGCCACAGGGUGUGUAACCCUAAUGUAACCCCCAUUUCCUGCCCCCUCUGUCUCUUAGCAUAGGGAGUUAGAGGAGACAUUACUGUACACUGUCCACUGCAGCCUGAUCUCGCUCUCACACACACACACACACACACACACACACACACACACACACACACACACACACAGAAAGAGGGAACUAGUAGGAGAGACACUUUCCCAAACGCACACAAACACUCAGUGAUCCCAACUAAGCUCAGUGGUCAGAACUCUGUCAGCACAUUCACAUACCCUUCUGUUCUCCAGAGACUGGGAGAGAGCCACACACACACUCCUCUUGCCCAAUGUCAGGGAUUUAAAGGAGAAUGUGUUCUAAGAACACUUUCUGAGAAUCAUCUGUACUGUUGCUCUCUCUCUGUGAGUGCUACGUUUUACAGCUUUCCCAAAAUAAAAUACCCAAUUGGCCAAACUUGACCUCCACUGACUGGUCCCGAAGUAAAAUGCUUCUAGAAAAUCACUAUCCAACUAUGUCUUCAGUCUUUUACAACAUUUCGUUUUUUUUAAGUAAAUGUUUUCUGGGAAUGUACUUCUCUUGACCUCCAUUUGUACUGCCUGGCACAAAGGUUUUAAUAUAGAAAUGCUUUUAGAGAGUUGAUGUAAUGUUCCUGACCUGCAGCUAACACAGCUUUAGGUUGUUAUUUAGUUGUUGUUGAUAAUCCACAUCGUCCUCCUCUGGCUCUAAACACUGAUGACUAAUCGAAGCCUUAGCUUCCUUGUCGUCUCGAUCGCUCUCCCCUGACGUGUACAUAGUAUAAAUAUAUAAAUACAGUAUCUAGCGGAAAGAAAAAUAAAGAAUUACUAAUUUAUGGUGUCACGUGUUCUAUUUCUCAGUGGCAAGCAUGAAGGAUUUAUUCUCUUCUGUAUCAAUGCUUAGUCCUUAUCUUUUUAUCUCUUAUUGCAGUGAUUUAUCAAUUAUGUUUUUGGAGUGCUUUAUUUCUCGAUUGCUUUGCUGUGAUUACUACGCCAAAACAGGCUUAAUGUGCUUUUACUGCACAAAAUGGUGCACGGUGCACACUCGAAACAAUCUCACCACAAAAUGUGCUUUUUAUUCACCAUUCUAUGAACUUGUUUAUUUUAUUUUUUAAAGAAUCAUUUUAGAAUUUGUCACUAUUUGUCAUGUCUUUCUAUUUUUUGUAUAAUUUUUUUUCUAUUUGGUUGCAAUUAAAGUUUUCUUGAUUUUUGAAAUGA